CUGCAGCUCCUCAUACACAAGAGCGAGCGAUGAGGGGACAAAAGGGAGAAAUGCAGACAAGAUGAGACACUAUCACCUUUAGACUUCAGAUCAACAUGUUUUCGCAGAUCUUCACUCUUGAUACUGUGCUUUUCCUGAACGUGUUUUUGAACACAAGCUUUUAAGUGCUUGCAUAUUUUAUUUCUUUUCCAGCCUUGAGGCAUUUUACAGGGCUUUUGGACAAACGAGGACGAGUUACAAAACUUUUAGUCCCAAGUUUUGGAGUUAUCUGACUCAGGAAAAUCAGAAGUCGGAAAAAGAAAGUAAGCUUUAGGCGAGUGCACAAGGUGCUGGUGCGAGUGUUAGUUAUAUUAUAGUGUUUGUGGAAGCUCGGGAUGAUGCUCACCUGGUCACUGCUCUGUCUGGUGCUCACAGCUGUAGGUGUGAACUGUGACAAAGAAGUUCGAGCUGAGGUAUGGCUACAGCAGUAUGGAUACCUCCCUCCUGGUGAUGUGCGUGCUCAGGCUAUCCGCUCCCCCAAGACCAUCGUCUCUGCUAUUUCCGCCAUGCAGAAGUUCUAUGGCCUCACCAUCACCGGAACCAUGGACCCUGAAACACUCAGUGCAAUGCAGCGACCACGCUGUGGGGUUCCAGAUACAUUUGGCACUCAGCAGAAGAGCAACCUGAGGAAGAAACGUUACGUCAUUCACGGUCAGAAGUGGGAUACGGCAGAGGUCACCUUCAGCAUCCAGAACUUCACUCCUAAAGUUGGAGAGUAUGCUACUUACGAGGCCAUCCGGAAGGCCUUCAAGGUUUGGGAGUCAGUCACACCACUGAAGUUCCGGGAAAUUCCAUACAACCAUAUCAGAGAAAGGCCCGAAAAGUACGCUGACAUCAUGCUUUUCUUCGCUAAUGGCUUCCAUGGUGAUAGCACACCAUUUGAUAAUGAGGGAGGCUUCCUGGCCCAUGCCUACUUUCCUGGUCCUGGGAUUGGAGGUGACACACACUUUGAUGCUGCAGAGCCUUGGACAACUGGCAAUGUGGACCAAGGAGGGAAUGAUAUUUUCCUGGUCGCACUGCAUGAGCUGGGGCAUGCGUUGGGUUUAGAGCACUCUGGAAAUCCUUCUGCAAUCAUGGCCCCAUUCUACCAGUGGAUGGAGACUGAGAAUUUUGUGCUUCCUGAUGAUGACAGAAAUGGAAUACAAAAGAUUUACGGUCCUAAGUCAGGAGACGUACCUCAACCUCCCGCCCCGCGGCCCACACGUAAACCUGAUCGACCCUCUUUCGGACCUGAUAUCUGCAAAGGCCAGUUUGACACCAUCGCCAUCCUACGGGGAGAGAUGUUUGUCUUUAAAGAUAAGUGGUUCUGGCGAAUGCAUGAUGGUAAACCUUUGCAGGAUUACCCCAUGCCCAUUGGACACUUCUGGAAAGGCCUGCCACCUUCUAUCAAUUCAGCCUACGAGCGUACAGAUGGGAAAUUUGUCUUCUUUAAAGGUGACAGGUACUGGGUGUAUAGCGAGGCCACUGUGGAUCAAGGAUACCCUAAAUCCUUUAAGGAGCUGGGCACAGGUCUUCCUAAAGACAGAAUAGAUGCUGCUCUCUUAUACACCCCAAAUGGAAACACCUACUUUUUCAGAGGAAGCAAGUAUUACCGCUUCAAUGAGAACACGCGCUCUGUGGAUGCAGAUUACCCCAAACCCAUCAGUAUGUGGAGUGGAGUGCCCAAUGAUAUCAAAGGAGCCAUUAUGAAUGAGGAUAGAGCCUACACCUACUUCUACAAAGCCAACAAAUAUUGGAAGUUCAACAAUAAGCAGAUGAAGGUGGAGUCUGGCUACCCCAAGUCUGUCCUGACUGACUGGAUGGGCUGCAAGCGUGAGGAUUCAACAAAGCCGGACGGAACUGACGAGGAUGUCAUCAUCAUCGAAGUGAACAACUCGGGCGGUUUUCCCGGAGGUGCGGCAAUUAUUGUGAUCCCCCUCUUCCUGUUGGCCUGUGUGUUAUUGGUUCUGGGAGCGUUGCUGUUCUUCCGGCGCUACGGCACCCCACGACGCCUCCUCUACUGCCACCGCUCUCUACUGGACAAGGUUUAAAGAUGAAGGGAUGGAAACCGAGAAUAAUGGGAUGUAGGGGCAAUAGCAGGGGCUAAGAGAAAGGGUGUGGGGAGGGGGAUCAGAUGGAGAUGAUAAGGACUUUCAAAAGCAAGGAGGAAAAGAAGGAGAAGGAGGGAAGGAAGGAUGAAGAAGUAAAGCCACAGAAAAGGGAACAAUGCAUAUUGUUUUGGUAGUUACUUGUACAUCUCUGCCAUAAUGAAUACACCCAUGAAGAACAGAGAGAGUUACAGAGAAAAAGAGGGAGCUCAUUUAAAAAAGAAUAAUAGUGAUUGAAUUUGUUGAAAGAAAGUAAAAGCACUUUUUAUUGUAUUGGUCCUCCCUCUUCCUCUCUUGUAGUCUGUCUCUCCCAAAUCCAACGACUCCAGCCACAGUGCUGUAUGAUUAAUGCCUUUGUUUCUGCUUUCAUAAUUUUCCAUCUCACCUUUGAUUUUAGCUCUUAAAUUUAGCCACAGUGUUGUUGUUUUUUAAAUUUCUCCCAAAACCCUUCUAUCCUUAUAACCCAAUCAGUGCCUUCAACCUCUCAGGUAGCUUUCAUUGCCUGGAUUCGGGAUGAUUACCAAAUUCAUCUGUCUUUCUACAGAUAUGCUUGUAUUUGGAUUCAAAAUAUUAACCUCUAGUGAAAGAUGUUUUCUAAUCAUACAGUAUAUCUCAACUGUUGAGACUGCUGUAUUUGAGAGGGUUAUGGUGAAAGGUUAGAGUUCAGGGAGGAAGUGUGGCUCCGGGUCCUGAAAGGAGGCCGGAUUUUAUUUACACCCAGAGAGAAGAGCUUGCAGGUACAUCUCCAGAUAUGAAUUUUAUAAAGUGUUUGUUACCAUGUAUUGUUAUUAAUGUUAUUAAUGAUUGCGCUUGUUAUUAUUAUAACUAUUGUUAUUAUUAUUAUUGUUCUCCAUAUUUAGUCCUUUUUUUAAUUUUUUUUUUAGUCAUGUCAAGUCCUGCUGGACAGAGGCAGAAUGUGACUGAUAUUAAAAUGACUCCCCGAUUUAUUUUAAUGUUAAAAACAUCAGGUUAGAAACGUUCUUGUACGAAAGAUUCAAAGUAAGGUUGAGGAAUUCUAGAUAUUGUUAGGGAGAAGAUCAGAAAACUGCUUACAACAAACACCAGCCCUGUUGACAGGCCAAAGCUGCUGUGUGUUAUUUUUGCAAUAAUGUGUAUGACUUUGUAUGACAAAAAAAAAAAACCUCACUGGAUUUAUUGCAUUUGGAUGGUUCUUUGUUUUUUUGGUGGAGCAAACGUUUUCAGAGAGGAAUAAACCUGAUUAUGGAAAAAAAAAUAAUGGUGCUAUGUAUUUUCUUAAAUACACACAUCCACAUCAAAAGGUUUAAUUAAUGUAGUCUUAACAAUAAUAAUUAUAAUGAUAUUUAUAAUGAUGAUGAUUUACUGUAAAUGGAAUCGAAUGUGAUUCUUGCUUGUUUCAUUUUUUUUUGUACUGCGGGAAUAAACAAUGAAAUAAAAGUAUUUUGUGAAUUGUU